UAUGGCUUAAUAUUCCAACGAUUUUACCCGAAAAUCUUAAUAUGGUAGCUAUUAUGAACGAUGAUCCAAAUAGUUUAAUUUACAUGCACAAAUUGCAACCUGCCCUAGACAUUGGAGUUGAUUAUUUUAACGAGCUUAACAAGAAAAGAGGGUUAAAAUUAAUCAAAUAUUCGAUAGUGUAUCAUAUCGAGACAAAAUCAAAUAACUCCGCAAUUACAACAAGGCGCAAUAACUUUUCCGAAUCCGGCCAACCAACGCGACCCCCCGAGUAUUCGAAUUUUGAGCGUAAACUAGGAGGAACAUUCACACCCUCAAAAGAGGAAGAAAACUGCCUGCCCGCGUUGGCCAUAGGUGGUUUGGCCGAUUUAAAGUACAGGAUUCCGUUGUCAUUUAUAGUGGGACCCCCUUGCACUCGAGAUAUGAUUGUAGUGGCACCUGUCGCGUCGUAUUACCAUUUGCCCAUCUGCACCGGUUAUUCUAUAUUCGAAUUUCUGGAUAUCCGCAAAUUCAAAACCAUAACCAGAUUGUCGUAUCGUAGUCGAGGGCAAAUCAAUGCUCUCGACCUCGUGCUUAAACAUUACAAUCAUAGAGAAGUUGUGAUAAUUUCCGAUAUCAAAUGGAACCGAGCCCUAGAAUUGGUGGGACGUUUGACUACUACAUUUAGAAGCGAUCCGUAUUACUUGCUAGUGAAUGCCAUCUAUUUUGAUAGCAACCAAGAAGCAUCUUUCGUGCCGGCAGAAUUUCUGGAAGACGUCAAAGAUAUCGCCAAAGGCGUAAUACUUCUCAUGGAAUACGGUAAGAUGCGCAAUAUUCUUUUAUUGGCCGAUAAAAAGGAUAUGAGUAAAGGAAAAUAUCUAUUCUUGACCAUCGAAUUGUAUCCCGAAAAUUUACUGCAAAAUUUUAUUUGGUCCAAAGGCGAUAAAGAUGACUAUGUCGCUAGAAGAGUUUAUAAUUCGUUGUUAGUUAUCAGCUUAAAGGUAUGGAAGGAUGAAAAAUGGUACAAAUUUAAUCGCGAAAUGAAAAUCAGAGCAUUGAAAGAUUACGAUUACUAUUACAAUGGAGAUGUCAAUUACUUUAUCGGAGCCUUUCACGAUUGUUUAGUUAUGUAUGCCCUUACUUUAAAUAGCUCGGGUGACUCCUCCUCAAAGAUCGUUCCCGACAAAUUUUGGAAUUCUUCCUUUGAAGGUGUGACGGGUAAAAUAAAUUUGGAUGAAUUCGGUGAUAGACAAGCCGAUUUCUCGAUUUAUGGCAUGGUCAAUAGGCAUAGCGGAAUAUUCAAAGAAGUAGCCAUUUAUAGGAGCAAAGAAUUUCGGUUGCAGUUCGUAGAUAAUGUAGAUUGGAUAAAAGGACCCCCACUAGGGAUGGCUAUUUGUACCAUGUUUAACCCUGUCACGAAGUUGAAUGAAAGCCAUAGAUGCCAUAAAAUUAAAAGACUCAAGAGAUCGAAAUAUUUACCGAUGGUCAUCAUGCUAAUCAGUUUAAGUGUCAUCGUUGUUUUCAUAGUUGCUAUAUUUAGUAGCGUGUACUUGAUCAAAUCUAAAAACGCAAAUCGCCUGUUGGACAAGAGUUUGCGUUAUAAACGCAGCAUAAAAGAAGUGAUCGCGGAGGGCCUCUUAUGCUUUGUCACCAUUGGUUUCAGCUUUAGUUCCUCGCGCUUUGAUCCAUCUUUUUACGGUUCCUACCAAGGCAACAUAGUAUUCAUCAAAAAGGUUGAAAUGAGCGAAAGAAUGGAAAUUAAUAACAAAAUUUUGCAAGAAAUUCGUCAUAUAAAGGUAAUCAGCCAUGAUAACCUUUCCACAUUUAUGGGCAUUUGUUACGACAAAAAUUACUUUUGCGUUGUAACGAAAUUCGUUUCGAAGCUUAACCUAACCGAGCUCUUAGCCAAAGAGACGCUUCAAUUGGAUUUGAUAAUUCAAUAUUCAAUAAUCAAUGACAUUAUUAAAGGAAUGUUAUAUUUGCAUUCAUCUCCCAUCGGCUGUCACGGACGAUUGACCACGUCUCAGAUUAUUGUUGAUAACAGAUUUUCUGCCAAGAUAACGGGAUUCGGGUUGCCGACUUUUUACGAGGAAUACUUAAGGAAAGACGUAAUCAGGGAGGAUAUUUCGGCGUUCGUGGUAAAGCAUUUACUUUGGGUUGCUCCGGAGCAUUUGAGGAAGAUCGUGCCUAUAAUCGUCGCGUGCCACGCGGAUAGUUUGAAUAAAAACGUGAACCUUAUUCACCAGUUAAGCGCCAAUACCAAACAAGGCGAUAUUUACAGCUUCGCCAUCAUUCUCUCGGAGAUAGCAACUAGGAGACCCCCUUUCUACUACAAUUUUUUGGAAACCUUAAACGGCACCGAAGUUUCUAAUACAACUUUAUCGCCCGAUAGUACCCUGACGCUGAAAGAUUUGGAUCGGGAUGUAAAUCCUUUUGAAAUAUUUUUAUCCUCCUCUCGUCAUCAGUACAAUUCAAAUCCCACGAGUCACGGACAAAAUUAUAAAUAUAUAAAAUUUUUACAGAAGUCGGUCAUGGAUAAAUUGUUAAAGGUGAGAAGGCGACCUCCUUAUCGACCAUUUUUGGAAUUUCAUUCCAGCGCCUCUUUUUCGCAUUCCAGGAACGGGUCUGCCGGAGAAUUAGGAGAGAACAAGGAUAAAAACAGUGUGAGCUCUUCAUUAUCUGGCCUGAGGCCCAGGCGUUUAUCCUCUAUAAUUACCGAUUGUUCCAGCACCUUAGAGAACGACGGUAAGCAAAUUGCCGUAUAUAGCCGCAGGAAUAGUUGCGUUAAUAUUCCUCUAAGGCCUCGAAAUCCCUGGAGUCCCCUUCACCCACAGAUAAAGAUUAACAACAAAAAAGUCAGAGUCCUAAUCGACAUCUGCUGGGAAGAAAACCCUAAAAAUAGACCAUCCUUUGUCAGCAUCCUAGACGUAUUUAAAAGUUUAACCAAACGUAUCAAUUUUAACAACAUCAUAGACUCGUUGUUGGAGAAGCUGGAAGAGUACACCGUAACACUGGAAGAACUCGUAGGACAAAAGACCAAAGAUUUCGCGAAAGAAAAAGAGAGGGUGGAUCUAUAUCUAUUCGAGAUUUUGCCCAAACCAAUAGCUAUGGAUUUGAAAAUGGGCAUAAAGGUGGUCCCCGAGGAAUUCAGAAAUGUGACCGUCUAUUUUAGCGACAUAGUUAACUUUACCCAUUUAUCAGCCAUUAGUACCCCCAUUGAGAUAGUAGAUUUCCUUAGCGAAUUAUAUUGUUGCUUUGAUGGUAUCGCCGAAAAGCUGGACGUUUAUAAGGUUGAAACUAUAGGUGACGCGUACAUGGUAGUUUCAGGACUCCCAAAAAGAAACGGAAAUAGGCACGUGAGAGAAAUUUGCAGAUUCGCGUUAGCUAUCAGAGAUAACAUAUCCCAUAUAAAGCAUCCCAAAGAUGAUAAACUAGAAAUAAGAAUAGGCAUUCACACAGGAUCAUGCGCCGCGGGUAUAGUUGGUUUAAAAAUGCCUAGAUACUGUUUGUUUGGAAAUACUAUCAUAAUGGCGUCUAAGAUGGAAUCCAAAGGGGAAGCUAUGAAGAUCCACAUAAGCCAAGCAUCCAAAGAGGCCUUGGAAGAUUUCAGAAAUUUCAGGAUCGAAGAAAGAGGAUUUAUCGAAAUACAAGAUAAGGGGAUGAUUAAAACGUACUGGCUUCUGGGAGAAUCGAAGUAGUAUUUUCUGGAGGAGUUAGCCUUAGAAAUAUUAUUAUAUUUUAUUUUUUUUUAAAUAAAAGGUAUAAAAUAUAAUAGUUCCUAGGAAACAUUAGAAGAAAAAAAUGUAAUUCUUAUA